AUUAGCUCAACCCUCAUUUUCUAUACGAAAGAUGGUGGAGAUUAAUUUAUUUAACAACACAUUGUAAGACAAUUUCCAAAAUAUGAAUGCCUAUUGACUUACGCAUGACAACAAUUUCGGAUGUAAAGUAUGUGAAUGGAGCCAACAACCGCCGCUAUGCGUUGCGCGGGUCAAGAGGGAGGAGCGACAAAAGACGCUUCUGACUGCGCGUCUUCGCCGCAUCGUUUGCAUUAGAAGGUUACUAGAGCUGUUCUGCAGUAAGUGUUUUCUAUGUAUUUGAUUUCCACACGAGGUACAGCAAUAUUUAUUAAUAAAUAUUAAUAACGCUGUGCCAAGCUGUUCUAUUUAUAUCGUGAACGGUUACGAAUUUUAUUUCUACGAUUUUCGUGUCACCGUUUCUUUUGAUGGUGUGCAGACAGGAUUCCAAAUAGCCUUCAUUUGGCAUUUUUGAAUUUGCACCUGAGGAAUGGUUUGAAACGGAUAUGUCAUCGGCUGGGGUGAUGGAGGCCUUUGACUAUUCCCCGUCGGACAAAGAGCUGGUGUUCCAGGCCAAGGCCUUGUGCAGGGACUACAUCCACUCCAGACUCAACCUCUACGGACUGGGCUCGUCCAAAACCCAGGUGGACUCGACGCCUUGUGAGGUGUCCGCUGUGCUUCUCUGUCUCGGUGACGAGCUGGAGUGCAUGCGACCAAGUGUUUACCGCAAUGUGGCGAAGCAGCUCAACAUCUCAGUGGCCAUGGAGACCACAGUGUCCGAUGCCUUCGUCGCUGUGGCAACGGAGAUAUUCUCUGCAGGAAUCACUUGGGGGAAGGUGGUAUCCAUGUAUGCGGUGGCUGGUGCUCUAGCAGUGGACUGUGUGCGUCAGAACCAGCCUGCUACGGUCCAGACCAUCGUGGACAGCCUGGGUCACUUCGUACGUAAGAACCUGGCCCAUUGGCUGAAGAAACGUGGAGGAUGGGCGGACAUUAAGAACUGUGUUGUCAAAGUAGAUGCCGUUUCUCAGACCCAUUGGCUGUCUCCUGUUGCGGAGUCCUGCAAGCACUUUUUGUCAACACUUUAUAUUUACAUUAUGAAGGAGUCAUGAAGGACUGGUUAAAAGGACUUCUGUGAAAGCUUGAUUAUUCAACAAGUCAUCUAACAGACUCAACCUUUUUUUAGACCCCUUUGCUGAUCGGUGAUGGCCGUCUAAACCGUGACUUUACUUUUUGAAGAGCACAAGUCGCAGUAUCAAAUCUGUAUAAUCACCAAUAUCACAAAGGACUAUUCCAGAGAAGCCACAGUGAAACACUUAUUAUACACUUCCACACAGACUUGUACAGACCCGUGCAUCUUUCAGAGCUUUGAUGAACUGCGGCUCCUGCAACCGUACCCAGUGACUAUGUACAUUGUGAUCAUCUCUGGGAACAAGUGGAUGGAGCGUAAGUGUCUGUUCAGCGGUUAGGAAUGUGAUGCUUUCUGCUGCUCCGCUGUGCAGGACUCGUGUGACGAGCUACCACUGUGUGGCGCUAGUGUGUGACAGUCUAUCCAGGCCUUGGGCAGUGCUAUUGAUCUCACAGGGUGUAUUUGCUGGGAACCAAAUGGGAAGGGAUUGAGCUUGUACUUGUCUGAUUUAAAUGUGUUUCUGCUUUGCUAUGAUGUGCGCUAAUGAAUACGCCCCAGUUGUACCUCACACAAUACAGUUGAAGACAAGGGAAAUUCUGGUUUUGGGGGAAGUCUUGAUUCUUAAAUUAUUUUUAAUUACUAAUGUAUUUUAUUCUGUCAUUGUAGUGAUACAGCUCCAGUUUCUUCCUUGGGGUCAAUUACAUUAACUGCUUUUCACAUGCAAAAUAAACAUUUAAAACAA